AUGGCCGCCAGUUUUACAGAAGACAAUAUCAAGGAGCUAAAAUACAGACUCGAGGACGCGGCUAUCAAAUGUUCUGAACGCUGUCUGUACCAGUCUGCCAAAUGGGCGGCCGAAAUCCUGGAUUCGAUCGUCGCCGUUGACAACUAUGACACGGAUCCCGACUCUCCGAUGGACAUUACAGAUCCAUCUCCUCCGCAGAACCCCUACCUACGAACACAGGAUCCGUUAGAAGCUGCACUUGAAGCGCAAGAAUCUCACAAAUACCUCCUGGCAAAAUCAUAUUUUGACACCCGUGAAUAUGAUCGCUGCGCGUCGGUUUUUCUUCCCCCGACAAUACCGCCAGUCUCAUUAUCUACAUCGUCACCGAAUCCGAAACCCAAAUUGUCAUUGACGCCGCAAAAGGGCAAGCCGAAGGCAUCUCCACAAGCCGGAACAAUAGAAAGCAGCGCGACAAGGAACCCGUACCCGAAACUUAGUCAGAAGUCAUUGUUCCUCGCGCUAUACGCAAAGUAUCUCGCAGGCGAAAAGCGAAAGAAUGAAGAGACGGAGAUGGUUUUGGGCCCAGCAGAUGGAGGUGCAACCGUGAACCGAGAGCUCCCAGAUCUGGCCCGUGGCCUAGAGGGUUGGUUCAGCUCGCGCCAGGAAAAGGGCGUUGAAGAUCAAAACCACGGAUGGCUCGAGUACCUGUACGGGAUUAUUCUCAUCAAAGGGAGAAACGAGGAAGAGGCGAGGAAAUGGUUGAUAAGGAGUGUUCAUUUGAAUCCUUUCCAUUGGGGUGCAUGGCAAGAAUUGAACGACCUGCUUUCGAGCACUGAAGAUUUGAAACAAGUUGUCGAGCACCUUCCUCAAAACAUUAUGACUCUCAUCUUCCACGUUCAUUGCAGCCAAGAGCUGUACCAAGCUACUGAAGACACUUACCAAGCCCUCUCGGAACUCGAAACUAUCUUCCCUAGCAGCGCCUUCCUGAAGACACAAAGAGCUUUGCUCUAUUACCACUCCAAAGACUUCGAGGAAGCAUCGCAUAUAUUUACCGAUAUCUUGAUCACAUCCCCCCACCGUCUCGACAGUCUGGACCACUACUCUAAUAUCCUCUAUGUGAUGGGCGCACGACCCCAAUUGGCCUUCGUAGCCCAGGUUGCGACCGCCACGGACAAAUUCCGCCCAGAAACAUGCUGUGUCGUAGGAAAUUACUAUUCCCUGAAAUCGGAACACGAAAAGGCAGUCAUGUAUUUCCGGCGUGCUUUAACCCUAGAUCGCAACUUCCUCUCCGCCUGGACCCUCAUGGGCCACGAGUACAUCGAGAUGAAAAACACCCACGCCGCCAUUGAAUCAUAUCGGCGCGCCGUCGACGUGAACCGCAAGGACUACCGCGCCUGGUACGGUCUUGGUCAGGCCUACGAAGUCCUAGACAUGUCGUUCUACGCGCUUUUCUAUUACCAACGCGCGGCAGCACUCCGCCCUUACGAUCCCAAAAUGUGGCAGGCCGUCGGCUCCUGCUACGCAAAGAUGGGUCGCGUCGAGCAAAGCAUCAAAUCCCUCAAGCGAGCACUCGUUGCAGGCUCAUAUUACGCUGAAGACCCUUCGCAACACUUACCGGGCCGAAAAAUCCUCGACCCAGAAACACUCCACCAGAUAGCAAGUCUAUACGAGCGUCUCGACGACGAGGAGGAAGCCGCCGCUUACAUGGAACUUACAUUACAACAAGAGACUGGCGGACAACCAAACGCCGACGAGGAAUCCGAUCUAUCAGACACCGAUGAUGACGACCAGACUGCCUCGGGUACGAAUCACCGGCGCGCAAGGAGGCGCCAGACAGAAGACGAAGAAGAUACCUGGUACGGCACGGGUCCGACGGCUACAACGUCCAAGGCGCGAUUAUGGCUCGCCCGGUGGUCUUUGCGACACGGGGAUUUGGAACGUGCGGAUCAGCUCGCUGCAGAAUUAUGCCAGGAUGGAGUGGAGGUUGAAGAGGCCAAGGCGCUGAUGAGGGAUGUCCGGGCAAGACGAGAAGGGGGCGGCGAAUGA